CUUAUACAACUAUAACAUAACAUGAUACUCUUUGUGCUCUCUUUGUUUCUUUUUAUGUUCUUGUUCUGUUCUGAUGGAUUAGACAAGUUCCUAAAAACAACAUGAUCCUAAGCAACAAGGUCAUUCUAUUUUUGUAGCUGGCUAUUGUUGUGUGUUUGUUUGAACUUUGAAUUUUCUUAUUCCAUUUGUAGAAGAAUGAGUCAGAGUAGACAAAAACAAAAACAAAGACAAAAACAAAGACAAAGACAAGGUCAAUUGUUUUAGGUGGGAAUAUGGAACACAAUUGUAGACUCAAAAAAACUGCAAAUAACUAAUUUCCAUUUACUAUGUAUGUCUAUGUCUAUUACCAAUCUUUUGAACCACCCAAAUUCAUUACCUACUCAAUAGUCAAAACUAUAGCAAAAAUGCUUUAAUGGGUUUGGAUCAAUUUUCAAUCUUUUUCAUCACCCUUUUAGCAAUAUGUUAGGAGAAGAAGGAAAAGAGAAACCUUCCCCUAUCAGGAGAACCUAUUCACGUUCAGUUUCAUGGACAGAUCGUUCUCCGAAUAGCCGUAAACCGCCACCUGGAAAUAGUAAACCAAGACCACUUUUACCACCUCUUCAACCUCUCUCAAUCAACAAACGUAGCGUUGAAGAAUGGCCAAGUGCUGGAUCUGAUGAUCUUGGUGUUUGGCCUCUUCCACAAACUCCAAGAGGUUCUAUUACAAUCAAUGAACCUACCAAAGAUUUUCAGUUCAAAAGGGAUAAGUUAGCUUUCUUUGACAAAGAGUGUUCAAGAAUUGCAGAACAUAUUUACUUAGGAAGUGACACGGUUGCUAAAAACCAUGAACUUCUUAGACAGAAAGGAAUAACACAUGUGCUUAAUUGUGUUGGAUUUGUUUGUCCUGAGUAUUUCAAAAGUGAUUUUGUUUAUAAAACACUUUGGUUGCAGGAUAGUCCAACAGAGGAUAUAACAUGUAUUCUCUAUGAUGUGUUUGAUUACUUUGAGGAUGUUAGAGAACAAGGCGGUCGCGUUCUUGUUCAUUGUUGUCAAGGGGUUUCUCGAUCGACCGCUUUGGUGAUUGCUUAUCUCAUGUGGAGGAAAGGACAAAGCUUUGAAGAUGCUUUUCAGUUUGUGAAAACUGCUAGAGGAGUCACAAAUCCAAACAUGGGUUUUGCUUGUCAACUCUUGCAGUGUCAGAAACGUGUACAUGCUAUGCCUGCAAGUCCUAGUUCUAUUCUAAGGAUGUAUCGAAUGGCUCCUCACUCUCCUUAUGAUCCUCUUCAUCUUGUUCCUAAGAUGGUUAACCAACCAGGUUCAUUAGCACUUGAUUCUCGCGGUGCUUUCAUUGUUCAUGUUCCUUCUGCUAUUUAUGUGUGGAUUGGGAAAAAUUGUAACUUGUUUAUGUCAUGCAAUGCAAAGAGUGCUGCUUUUCAGGUCGUGCGUUACGAGGGAGUAAAGGGUCCAAUUCUGAGCAUCCGUGAAGAUCAAGAAUCACCCGAGUUUUGGGUUGCUCUUUCUGACGAGCAGCGUUUAUCAGAUGAUUCUGAUAAACAACUGGUGUUGUCUUCUGAAAAGAUGGAGAUUGCUAGUCUAAGGAAAGUUGAUGCUUAUGAUUUGGAUUUUGAGAUUUUUCACAAGGCAGUGUCUGGUGGGGUUGUUCCGCCUUUUUCUGUAGCUAAUGCUGGAUCAGAAACUUGUCUUCCUGCUAAAGAACAUGGUUGGGCAAGAUUGAGGAAGAAAUUUGCCAGUGGUGACAUGAAAGAAAUCUUAACCUCCCCUAAGUGGAAGUGUGAUGUGAUUAUGGAGGAAGAAAAACAAGAUUUUGUAGAUGAUGAUGAUCCUUUGUCAGCUUCACCGUCAUCAAAUCAUCCCAGUGACUGUGGUUCCCCGGAUUCCUUUGAAUGUUAUCCAACCAGCUUAGGCAAAGCAAAAGAUACUGUUGAAGACAUGGACUUGUCUGAUCAUGGUGUUGCUUCUUUGCUGCCACUAUCUCCUUCUUUUCCUUGUUUUCUAAGCAGCAGCCCAAAAUUCAAUUACAAGUCGCCAACACUUUCACCUUCAAGUUCUGAUUAUGCAAGUUCAUUUACAUUUUCACCUUCCUCUACCAAUUGGUCAGACCUGUCAUUCAUGUCUUCUCGGCAGCCAUCCCCAUCUGGCCACGAAUCAGUUGAACCAUUUUAUGUUAAAGAUGUGUCUUUCUCAACAAAUUCCUCUUUACUUAACAGAGAAGUUCUCUCUUUGCCGUCAGAGUCAUUUUCACCUGAUCACACCUUGGGAGGGGAAAACUCCUAUUUGCCAUCGAAAGGAUCUUUUCUCUCUAUUGCAGCGCGAAGAGGGAGUCAUAUACCACCUCCGAUGUUGCUAACCUCUGUCAAUGAAUCCUCUAAAGUUCGUAAGAACCUGGAGGAAUGCACCUACUAACACCAAAAGCUGGACUAAGAAUAAGCCCCCGAGUAUUUUUCCCACUAGCAUACUGAAAUCAGGACAUGUAGCUUGCAUUACAGAUGGAAAUAUGGGUGAUUUGUUCAUAUAUAUAUACCCCCAAAAAACAUGUAAUACUAAUCCGCGGAAACGGGACAUGCAGUAAACAAGGAUCAGGUGUAUGAUUAUUUCUUAAAGCCGUUCUGCGACCUUAAAAGUGCCAUUGUGGGACCAAGUGCGCUGCAUCUUGCUCUCUGAGACCAUGGCCUAUUGCCUGAAGUAUCAUCUUUCUUCCAGCGAUCCUCCUGUGCCAGCCUGGCCUUCUUUGCUUUUAAUGCCUCGUUGAUUUCCUCCCAAACGUUGACUUCUCCAUUUUCUGUAUAUAGAGAAUCAACAUAUGUAAGUGUAGUGCAGGUGCAUCAAGAUGCUUUCAUAUUUAUAUAUAAUAAACCGUGUAUUUUAAGAAUCAUAAAAUGUACAUUACCUUUAGUAGGGGCAUGGCCCUCCAUUUGUGGCUUUGAGCUUCCCGCAGCAAUUUGAUUACCCGCAAGUUUUUCAUCA